AUGACUGAUAACAACACAACAGAAAUUCAAGUUGUACUACAGAAAGAAGCAAUCGACGUCGAUGAUCAAACGAUGACCAAAAUUUCAACAAAAUCAGUAAGAGGAAAAUCGGAAAUUGUACAAAUAACUGAUGAAAGUUUUACUGAUGAUCUCAUCGAGAUUGAUGAUGAGAUGGAAAUGAGUAAAAUCAGCAAUGAUAUGGUUAAAAAAUUGCUAAUGUGUGAUAAAAAUGAGCAAAAAAUUGAUGAAAAUAAAAAAACUAAAGAUAGUCUACCAAAAAUAUCGAAAGAGUAUGAUGAGGUAGAAUUGCUUCGAGAGAUUGCCAAGAGGCCUCUGGAAUGGUUUAAAAAUAUGAAAGAUGUACCGGAUGCUAUUGCAAAAAUUUAUUAUAAAGAUAUCAGUCGUCGUUGGCAGCAAUCAGAGAUACGUAUCAAAGAAACCGAAGAAUUACUUUCGAAUGUGAAAUAUGAAGAUCGUUCCCUAGAGGAGGAUCGUCUAGAGAUUCUUGGAGAAUUAUUGGAUAAGGCAACUCAAUCAUUUGAAAUUUUUGAAGAGCAUGAAAAUCGAAAAGUACCAUAUGGUCAUCGAGUGGUUCUCGAAGCAAGAUUGCUGAUUGUUUUUAAUAAUGCUAUUAAUCUUAUUUAUAAAAUUAUUAAUGAAUUUGACAAAUUGAAAGGUGAUCAAGUGGGUGUAAAUGAUGAAAGAGAUCAGCUCCGGUAUGAAAUUCGUUAUUGUGAUGCGGUUUAUACGGAAGUGCAUGAACGUUUCCUGAAAUCAUAUCUGGAAAUGGAAUGGUGA